CAUAACGAUCUUGCUUUGAGUGGACUUGCCGCGAAUUUUACUCCGUGCUGUAUUUCCUAAUCGUGAGCUGUGCUGCAUCGAAACGUUUCAGUAGACUAGUACUUUAGUAGCGAGCGAGUUUUUGCAUACGAAAUAAUGAGUGUUAAAGGUCUGCCUUCGUUAUUAGAUAAGUUUCGGUAUCAGGAACGAGCACCUUCGAGGUUUCUUAAGUUGGAUCCUUCGUCAUGUUCGUCGCAAUCAGCUAGCGACAGCCAUGACACUUUUGACAGUGCUGCAAAGUCUCCAACAUCUUACAAUAAUCAGGGCAACAAUGCCAAUGAGCAUGCAACAUUUACAAUAUCAAGUCCUUCUUCUGUUCAGUCCCAAGACUCUGAGGUUACCUGUAUACCUGAAACUCCUACAUCCAUUGUGUCGAGCCCAAGGAGUCCCAUCAUUAGCAAGACCAAACAGCUAACUAGUAGAUAUCAUGCUAAGAUCAUCACUGACACUAUCUCCUCAGAUUCUGAAGACUGUGGAACACCAAAGACAACCAUGACAAAUAUCAGAAGGAAACCCAACAUUAGACCUCUUGGAGAAAGGAAAUUCCGCUUGGUAUCAACUGGGAGUGAAGCAUCUGAUUCAGAAGAUGAUGAUCAUAGCUCUGCAGCCGUAAGCUCUGAUUCCAAAUCCAGUAGCCCAGUCUUUGGUGCUAGUUCAUCCUGCCAUCGUUCUGAGCCACUAACAUCAGCAGGUACCAGUGCAUAUGGUCCAGCAGGUAGUAAACAUUCAUUCAAAUUCAACAAAACUCUGAAGCUUGACUCCACUGGUAAGCAGUCUCCCAUUCAGUACACAGCACUGCCAAGUAGCUCAGAAUCAGAUACUGACACUACCACAAUGGGCAGUCAUUCUCACUCAUUGAGCAAAGCUAGCUUAACUGAGCUUGAGACAUCACCUCCAACAGUCAGAAGAAAGAGGAAAAGAAGACGGAUUUUGUCUGAGGGUCAAGAGAGCAUCGAUGGAGGUGUGGAGGAAGAAAAAAUAGAGACAAGACAGAAGGAAGAUGUCAGGAAACUACAAGAGAUGUUUCCUGAAUGGCCAGCCCAGCAACUCAAGGAUACACUUGUGUCUGUUGAUUGGUGUGUUGAAGAAGCAGUAACUGUCAUGACUACCAAAGACAUCGAUGGUACCUAUUCAGAUGACAACAAUUCAUUCAAAGGAAAGCAGGUACAUAGGAAAAAGCGUCGCAAGAUUGAGCGUACGUCUGACAAGGAAAACAAGCAACAGUGGCUAUCCAAGUCCAAAAUGACUUCAUAUUUCCCAAAGAUAACGAAGCCAGGUCAGCAGAGGAUUAAGUUGAAGGAGAGACGGCCAGAUAAAGACGUGUUGAGUAGUGAAGAUGAGACCUUCUCAUUGAGUAGUGAUAGCUCUGAUGAAGAAACCUCACAGCAACUUAAUGGUGAUGACGAUAAAGAACAAAGUGAAAUGAAUGUUCUCAUCUUAUCCUUCUUCAAUGAUGCGACACCGGAGGAGUUGCUUAGUAUCAGUCAAUGCUCUAAGACUAAGGUCAAGAAGAUUGAAGCCUUGAGACCAUAUGGAGACUAUGAUGACCUGAUCAGUAAGUUUGACAACACAAAGGGCCUUAGCACCAGCCUAGUCUGGAAUUGCCACGAGGUCUUCCAGAGCCAGCAAGUCAUGACAACACUUAUGAAUAAUUGUGCCAAGAUUGGUGACAACAUCCAAUCCCUUAUCUGCCGCCUGCUUCCUGAUCAAAAUGGAGAGACUGAUGAAGGAAGGAUAGAAGGACAAGUUACUAAACAGCCAGCUCUUCUGUCAGACAAACUUAUUCUCAAGCCUUAUCAGAUGAUUGGACUCAACUGGCUGGCUCUCAUGCAUAGGCAAGGAGUUAACGGCAUACUAGCUGAUGAAAUGGGUCUUGGUAAGACUGUGCAAACAAUAGCAUUCUUAGCACAUCUAAUGGAGCAGGGUGAUGGAGGACCUCACCUCAUUGUAGUCCCAUCGUCUACUCUAGAAAACUGGGCACGAGAACUUCAUACAUGGUGUCCAGCACUGGAGGUUAUCUUAUACACAGGAACAAUGGAAGAGAGAAGAGAUCUAAGGAAUAAUAUACUAGAUGAAUAUCUGUCCUGUAAUGUCAUCAUUACAUCCUAUAAUAUGUGUAUAAGCAAUGUGGAUGACCGAAGUCUGUUUCGUAAGAUGGGCAUCCACUACGUUGUGUUUGAUGAAGCACAUAUGCUCAAGAACAUGCAGUCACAACGCUACAAGUUCCUUAUGAGGAUAAGGGCUGAGAGAAAGCUGCUUUUGACUGGUACUCCGCUACAAAACAACCUGAAGGAGCUGAUGUCGCUGCUCAGUUUUGUCAUGCCUAAUAUGUUCUGUGACAAUGCAGCUGAGCUACAGAAGAUCUUCAGUCUUGCUAAACAAAAGAGUGAUGAUCCUUUGAAGCAGAGUACAUUUGAACGUGAGCGUAUUACCCAUGCCAGGCAGAUCAUGCAGCCGUUCAUUCUCAGGAGAGUGAAAUCAGAGGUCUUAAAUCAAUUGCCCCCAAAAAGUGAAAGUAUUGUCAAAUGUCCAAUGAUCAAAAGCCAAGAGGAAUGCUACAACAACAUCAAAGCUAUGCUGUCACAAGAUCUACGUAAACUUGGUGGUGGAGCUAAGAUGAAUAUGACUAAGUUAUCCUGUGCUAUGAUGCAACUACGUAAGGCAGCUAAUCAUGAAAUGUUGAUGCGACAUCAUUAUGACGACUCCAAACUACGACAAAUGGCCAAACUCAUGCUGAAGGAACCAUCCCAUCAUGAUGCUGAUCCUGAUCUGAUCUUUGAGGACAUGUCAGUCAUGAGUGACUAUGAGCUUCACAGACUAUGCCAUGAGUAUUACAUCAUGACCCCAUACAAACUCUCAUCAGAUCUUGUAUUCAACUCUGGAAAGUUCCAGAUUUUGGAUAAGAUGUUACCUGAGAUGAAACAAAAGGGAGACCGAGUGCUGAUGUUUAGUCAGUUUGUGAUGGUCCUUGACAUCAUUGAGUCUUACAUGAAGCAUCAUCAUUACAAAUACCUCCGGCUUGAUGGUCAGACACCAGUAUGUGACAGGCUUGCUUUGAUUGACAAGUACAACAGCAAUGAGGAUAUAUUUGUCUUUCUUCUGACGACACGAGCUGGUGGUCUGGGUAUCAACUUGACCUCUGCCAAUCAUGUCAUCCUUCAUGAUAUUGAUUACAAUCCCUACAAUGACAAACAGGCUGAGGAUAGAUGUCAUCGUGUGGGACAGAAGAGGGAUGUAACAGUGACUAAACUAAUCAGCAGUAACUCUAUUGAGGAAGGCAUGCUAAGAUGUGCGCAGUACAAACUACAACUAGAGCAACAAAUGACAACUAAUGAUGGCUCAGAUGGAGAUGCCAAGAAUGCUACAGAUAUUGCAAGGCUGAUGAAAGAAGCAUUGGAGCUUUGAUGUGAUAUUGCUUUGCCCAUUUUUGCACAAGUUAGGUCUAUAGAUCCCUUGCACUGAAGCCAUUGUUGAGGUGCACGAUGGCUGCAACAUUCAAAGGGUCUACAGCAGAUCAAUGCACGUCAGUUUCAGGUCAAUCUGUUGGUUAUUGUCAAGCCGAUAUUAAUUUAUAUAACACCCAAGUAAAUCCUUGUCAUGUGAUUGGAGGAUUGUUGGUCACGCAGCAUUCAUUAAUCAAACCAUUGCACAGCCUACGUCAUAACCAUGCAUUUUUGGUUCCGUUCACCGUACAUUUUAGUUCCAUCCCUUUUGAUCUAUUGCACGCACACGCUAGACCACGUAGUGCCGCGCAAAGACGUGAAGUGACACUAUACGAUCUUUGUGCUAUAUAGAACACAUCAUCGUUUUAUACAGCAGUACAAAACUGGCCUUUGAAAUGGAUGCAGUUAUGGACUGAACUUGCCUUGCUGAUUUUUCUUUUUGCAUUGUUUUAGAACUUACAAUAUUAACUUUUAUAUUGUUAAUGGUUUCACUUUUAAACCUUUGUUAGCCUUGAACAAGCUGAACAAAAGGUAGUGGAUAUAAUACAAUUUGUAAUUGUGUUAGUUCUUAAAGUUUUAUCCUCCACUCGAAUGACAAAGAUCUACUUGGAUGUUAUAUAAAACAAAUAAUGAAUGUUUUCACCUUGUUGAAUGGAACACUAAUGAAUGUUUUGCAUAAUGAAUGUUUUGCAUAAUGAAUGUUUUGCAUUUGUGCAAUGGUGAGAAUAUUUUCAUUCAUUGAAAAAUGGAAUGUUCCAUUCAAAUUCGGCUUCGCCUCAUUGAAUGGAACAUUCAAUCUUUCAACUCAUGAAAAUAUUCUCACCAUUGCAUUAUUUGUUUAUUAUUAGAGUGUCAACUCCUCAUUCCCUCAUUAAUUAUUAAUGCAUCAUUUAUCAAAUUUCCAAGCAGAUAUAUGCAAACAGUCGUAUGUAGGGUACUGUAUACAAUAUUUUGAGCUUUGUGUAUAUCAUGCACAAACAUGAAUGCAUCAAACAUGCUUCACAUGGUACAGCAAGUUGCUAUUAUGAUAGCUGUACUGUAUACAUGUAUAUCUGCUAAUUUAAUUGAGCUGAAGAAAGUACUGCUUUUGCAGAGAGUAUUUAUUGUUAUUUAUCUUUUCAAUCCUGUAUUGACAGCAGUGUUAUCACUUUAUUUUUCUUCACCUCACAAAGUUCAAAAUUGCCUCACUUAUGUUGAUGUACUGUUUUUAAUGACAGAAUAUGAUCUCGAUAAGCCUGAUCUACACUGUAAGCAUAAUAGCUGUAUGUUUUACACAUAAUGUGGGUCAUCUCACAUUUUUGUGGCAUGGCCUUACAUACAUUUUUAUUACUUUACUGUUGUCUUAAAAUUUAUCUUACAUGUAUGUAUAUGAAAGUGUUUGGUGUAUUUGAUGGUAGAGGGCACUUUUCCAUUUUGGGUUUUUUUUUGGGGGGGGGGGGGUGUGGUCCCUGUUGCGCCCCCACCCCCUCCCCAUAUCCACCUUUAUUCAAGAAGACAAGAAGAAAGUGUUUUUGUUUUUAGUAAGUGUAAUACUGUGAAAUGAUAUCAUUUGUAGUGUCAUUGUGUGUGUUCAAUUAUUGGAAUCCUUGCCUUAGCCUAGGCAGGAGUUAUUGAAUGACUGUAAGCCAUACACACCACCAAGAUUUUUGUUUAUUUAUUUUAAUAAAACACUUCAAAUUCUGAUGUCACAAAUCACCUUUGCUAUGACUAUGGAAAGUUUGAAAGAACAAAGCUUGGUCCUAGCCUUUCUGUAUUUAAAUAAUUAUUAAUGGAUUAUUAUCCGCAUUAAAUUAGUUUGAUCAUGUGUUAUAAGUGUAAUAAACUAUAAAGGAUUAAAACUGAA